GAUAAUAACGGAAAUUCUAUCGUGAAACUUUGAUCGAUCGUUCUUGAAUAAUUAGCGAAAUCCAGUGACAUGAGAUUACGCCAGUGCGGAUCGAGAUAAAAUAAUAAAUAUCUAAUUUGUCCAAUUUUCUCAAAAUCAAUCUCUCUCUCUCUCUCUCUCUCUCUCUCUCUCUCUCUCUCUCUCUCUCUCUCUCUCUCUUUCUCUCCGAAUGUGUUUUACACCACGAAAAUUUAAUUUUCAAGUGUACAAGAAUGAGAUAAUCCGUAGAAAAUGACGGUGCUCGCGUUCGGACAGCACCAUUUAAAGCGGACGCCGUGAAAUUAAUUUGAAGAGAGAUUCCGAUCGCGCUCUUGGAUUUGGCUGCGAGCGGUUUACACGGAGGUAUUGUACCGUGACGGGUAUCCAAGCGGACGAUUAAUUUAAUUCGUGAGAUGUGUUUCUCACGCCUGCGAAAUCGUUUAUGACCGCGCGCGGAACGCGACGAUUAAAAGAAGGCGAGUGCCCUCCCCUCGUCAUUCCCAACCGAGGCGUUCCACUUUCGGUGGCCGUGCGUGAAAUCGACAGGGCCGAGAGGCGAAAACGAAUUCGAAAUGGUCAUCACGCUAGUGUGCGGCGCACGUGAGGCUCUCCUUUUACCACAAAAUUGUAAUCGCGGUGCGAUAACCUGCGGGAUCUUCAAAAGUUUUCGCGCUUCGAUGAAUCGCGGCGAAAAACAGGAGGAUCGGCCAGAAAAAUCGCUCGGCGUUCGGAGAUCGAUCGCGCACAGCGAAUCGGUAUAAUUGAAUUAUCGAAAGCCCAAAGAGACGGAGAGGACGCGAAACCCGCGGGACGACCAUACAUGGUCGUCGUCAGCCUACGUCGAAGCCGAGAGGAAGAAGCGAGAUCGCGUUGUCGCGAGCGCGUGGGAGGCGUUUUUUUUACGCUAAACGAGGCGGAGAGACAAAUUCGUGCGCUCUCUGCGGAACCUACAGUCGCGGACAGAGCGCAGACUGUUUAAAGCCGCGGAUCUUACGAGUACACUUCGUGAGACGAACAAGUCUUGCAGGAACGACAUGACCGGCGCCGCCGCGAUCUCUUUCUUCGACGCGUCGCGACAACGCGUGCCGAGACGAAGGCAACCGACAGAUCGAAUAAGAUCACUGCAGAGACGAGAGGAACCUGAUUCCGGAGCAAGUUUGUGCCGCCAAGCAGUCAGCAAUUCGAAUAAUUAGCUACUAGUUCGUUAGGUUCGUGGCUAAAUCUCCGCGCGAAUCGAAUCGCCGCGAGCAAACGAGAUAGGAAACUUGCCUUCGAAAGACUGUGAGAAAAAGAGAGAGAGAGAGAGAGAGAGAGAGAGAGAGAGAGAAUUUUCCAGAGGACAAAACGAAGCAAAUAAAAUGAAAACGUGUGGACAGAUCGCGAAUCCACUGUUGGAAAAGAGGGUAAAAGAACAGUACGCGUCACAUCGCGCGAAAAUUGUAUACGGAAUGAAGUAAAUAUUGCAAUAGAGAUUGCACAGUGUUGAUCCAUAUGGCGUUUGAGAUGCAGAGAUUGUGGUUAAAGUGCAUCAUCGAAACAAGAAGCUCCGUUGUGCAGAGGGACCCUCGCGAAAAAUAGACCGCUCGCGUUUAUGUUUGUGACAAAUGCGCGCGACGAAUGAAGAUUUCCGCAGCGAGAAAGAGAUAAUAAUAGGGAGGAAAGAGGAACGAGGGGGAGAGAAAAGGAGAACAUGCCGGUCGCGGGAACGAGGAAAUUAUGCAGAGUGGGACUCGCCGCGAUCUUGGUCACCGCGCUGUGCAUCCUGACUCUGUUAGACUCGCCGCCAGCACGACUCCCGGAUCCACCGACCGAUCCUCCUCCCACGCCUGGGGGUGAACCGCCAGGCACAAGAAGCAUCGUCGCUUAUUCGUGGGCUCGAAGAUUGGCACUCGAUUACAGGCCCACCAAGCAGUGCGACGGUAAUGGAACGCGCGGAAUGGCGUUAAAUGCGUACGAGCCAUCCGGUAUGAAAUGGCUCGAGACAAUCCCGGGACGGCUCUUCCUGUACAGCGCCCACUUGGACCUCAGAGUCGUCGGCUACCCGAGCAUCAGAGUGAUUGGCGUUAAACGAGGAGCUCUGCCGCCCUCCGCGCUCUUCUGCACUAUAUGGUAUCGGGAGCACGAUGAGACACGAUCGUUGAGCGUGGAGGCACUCGUCUCGACGAUCUGGCUGGACGAAUGGGACGGCGCGGCGGAUAGUUACAUCGGAAUUCUCGUGAAUUGUCAAUUGCCGUUAGAUGACUCGAUACACCGGCCGUCUCGGAUCUACGUGGGUCCGAAUCCCUGCUACGAGAAUGCUAGUCAUAGUUUAACGACUCGCUCGGAAUACGGCGAUGAGAUCUCCGUCGAGCGGAGAGGGCGCCAAGAGUUCACCUUGUGCAUCAAGGGACUGGACUUUGACGAGGAUAUAUCGCGCAAGCUCAUAGCCUUCGUCGAGUUACAUCGCAUUCUAGGCGCCAAGCUAUUCUACUUCUACGUCUUCAACGUGCAUGAGAAUGUGCUAAAAGUGCUGCGAUUAUACGAACGAUCAAACGUGGUGCGGUGGUUCGCGCUCAAUCUACCGGGCGAUUUGCCCAACGAGAAGUCCACCCGGAGGCGAUUCUUUAGCGAGGAUAUCUGGACGAAAAGGCGAAUGGAGCUAAUCCCGUACAAUCACUGCUUCUACGAGAAUAUUCAUCGAUCGGAGUUUGUGGUGCCGAUCGAUAUCGACGAGGCGAUCGUGCCGACGCGUCGAAAAACCUGGCACGAGCUAUUGCUGGACGAGCGCGCGAAGCUUGGUAGAAGCUUCAAGGAUUUCGCCUCGUAUUCUGUACGAAACGUUUAUUUCUUCCUCGAGUUGCAAAACAAGAGCGGGUCCGAUCGGUCGAGCGGACUCGGCGAGGAACCCGGUCGCUCGGUCGACCAGCAUCCCGAUUACUUAGAUACCAUGAGAACGGCCAAUAUCUCGCCCGAAGGUGACUCGGUAAAGAGCUUCGUAUCUACGAGGCGUGCGCUAACGGUGCACAAUCACUAUGCUCUAGCCACGCUGAACCCGUCCACCAGGCGGGCUCAUCAUCUGGAUUCGAACGACGUGCUCAAGCAUCAUCAUCGAGCAUGCGACAACCGACAUCUCGACUGCGAUCUCUUAAUGGAAGACGUUAGGAUCGACGAGUCCGCUCUACGCUACGCGGACGAGCUCAGAACGAGAAUGAGGAUUACUUUGGCUGAUCUCAACGCUUUGCCAUAGACUGUAGUAAUAUUGUAAAUAAUAAAGGUCUCCUUUUGAAA